AUGCCGUUAGCACGCUCAUCCGAUCCCCUAGUGUGGAUCGACUGCGAGAUGACCGGGCUGGAUGCCGAGAACGACCACAUCCUGCAAGUCUGCUGCUUUAUCACCGAUGCCGACCUACAGCUACUCGACUCUACGGGGUUUGAGACGGUGAUUCACCAGCCGAAGUCGACUCUGGACCAGAUGAAUGCCUGGUGCAUCGACACCCACGGUCGCACCGGGCUCACGGCGGCCGUGCUGGCCUCGUCGGUGACAGCGGAGACGGCGGCGGCCGAGUUGCUGGCGUACAUCCAGCGAUUUGUGCCCAGGCCUCGAACCGGUUUGUUGGCGGGCAACAGCGUCCAUGCAGACAAGGCCUUCUUAGCGCGGGGCCCGUACGCGGCGGUCCUGGACUGGUUACACUAUCGCAUUGUGGACGUGAGUACCAUCAAGGAGGCGGCCCGACGAUGGGGAUCGGAUGAUCUAUUGGCAUCGGUGCCUCCGAAGCGCGAGGUGCAUCUGGCAAAGGACGAUAUUUUGGAAAGCAUCGAGGAGAUGCGAUUCUACCGACAACAGCUGUUUGGUGGGGCGGCGCGGAGUGGAUGA